AUGUUUAUUUAUAUGAGUAAGAAGAUAGCGAUACCAAAACAAUCCAGUGUGAGUUGCUUAUCAUGGAAUCACUCUUCAGGCUACAUUGCUGUUGGUGGAGACGAUGGGAUGCUCAAGGUUUUAAAACUAGAAUCUGGAGGCGGAGGUAAUCUCUCAAUGAACCUAAGCUUGGAAGGGCAUACUGGGCAAGUGUGUCUAGCUGUAUGGAAUGAAGUUUUUCAGAAAUUAACAACAAGUGAUGAGCAUGGAGUUAUUAUUGUGUGGAUGUUGUAUAAGGGUUCCUGGUACGAAGAGAUGAUAAAUAACAGAAACAAAUCCACUGUCACUGGUAUGGCAUGGGGCUCAGAUGGUCAGAAAAUAUGUAUAGCUUAUGAAGAUGGUGCUGUGAUUGUUGGCUCUGUUGAUGGAUCAAGAGUUUGGGGAAAAGAUAUCAAAGGCACAGGAUUGAAAGCAGUGCAAUGGUCACCUGAUAACUCUUCACUGCUUUUUGCUCUUGCUAAUGGGGAGCUGCAUCUGUAUGAUGAUCAAGGAAAUUUCGUUAUGCCAGUUGCUAGCAACAAUGUAGCUGAAUCAACAGAAAUUGUCUGUCUUAAAUGGUUUUCUGGUAAAGCACCAGCAAACAGACCUAUACUGGCAAUAUGUUACAAAAAUGGAAUACUCCUUUUUAUGAAAUCAUGCACUGAAGAAGAUAGCAUAAUGCUUGAGACGAAUAUGACAGUCAUUGGCAGUGAGUGGAACCACAAUGGGAGUGUGUUGGCGGUCGCUGGACAAACACAAGAGCAAACUAAUGUCGUGCAGUUCUUCAGUGCCUAUGGUGAAUAUCUGCGGACGCUCCGUGUACCGGGCGGUUCGAUGCGCGCGCUGUCGUGGGAGCAGCGCUCGCUGCGGCUGGCGAUUGCGGUGGACUCCUUCAUAUACUUCGCUAACGUCAAGCCCGACCACAAGUACGCCUUCUACGGCAGCACGCUCGCAUUCGUGUCGGGCACAGAGACCGUCACCUUCUGGGACACUGUCACGCACCAGUCGUGGAUUAAUCACAUCCCCGGAGUAAUAGACAUGGACGGCGUGGACGAGUACUGCAUUAUCUCCACAAUGUCGAUGCUGCUUAUAUCGAACCAGCAAGGAAUCCAGUGUGAUGGUAAAGCUGUGUCUACACCAUUUCUGUACGUGGCGAUCAACAGCAAAGCCAUAGCCGUCGCCGCUACCAAAGAGUCAUUUCUCAUUUGGAAAUUCUCAACACCAUCGAGACUCCGGAUAAGCGAGCAGUUGUACGGCGUGGACGGUGCCCCCAUUGCCUCAGGGGAGGUGUCUCUUCACGACGAUACGAUAUGCGCGCUCGCCUGCUCCGACGCGCUCGCAGCGGUCGGCCGCGACUCCGGCACGAUUUUGCUGUUUUCCCUCGCCAACUUCAAAAAGACGAACAUCAUCAAUAUCAACACGAAACCCUACAAGCUGGGGAUCAAUUGCAACUCUAGCAAGCUGUUCGCGAUCGACACGGCGGGUACGCUGGUGUUGUGCGGUGUGGAGGGCGGGGCGGGGGGUGUGGCCGGGGGCGGGGCGGCGCGGCGCGACGUGUGGGGCGCGCGCUGGGCCGCCGACAACGCCGCGCUGCUAGCGGCCGCCGAGAAGGCGCGCGUGUACGUGCUGCGCGGAGACGAGCCUACAGAACCGCUGCCCGCUAACGGCUAUCUGUGUUGCUUUAAGGAGUUGGAAAUAACGACGGCCCUGCUGGACGAGAUAACGGACAAGUGCGCGGCGCAGCACAUCGUUCGCACCGAGGUGAAGUCGCUGCGGGACACGCGACAGCUCAUAGACAAGGUCGGGCUCAAGGAGGCCGAGGACUUCAUCAAGGACAACCCCCACCCGCAGCUGUGGUUGCUGCUAGCUGAAGCUGCAUUGAAGAACUUCGAAUCUGAGUCGGCCCUCGAGACGGCCGAGGCCGCUUUCGUCCGACGCAACGAUUACGUUGGAAUACGAUUCGUGGCGAGACUUAAUGCGUUGCACUCCAACGCGCUGAAAAAAGCCGAAAUACUCGCCUACUUCAAGGACUUUGACGGCGCAGAACAGAUAUACCACAACGAGGACAGGCGCGACCUGGCGAUAGCGCUGCGCAAGCGGCUGGGGCACUGGUUCCGCGUGGUGGAGCUGCUCAAGUCCUCCGUGACCGCCACCGACGCGCAGAUCAAGGAGGCCUACACCAACAUCGCUGAUUACUACAUCGACCGCCAGAACUGGACUGGGGCCAUAGAGUAUUACAACUUGUCGAACAACGUAGAAGGGCUCAGAAAGUGCUAUAUGGCACUCGAGGACAGCGAAUCCUUAGCAAAACUUAUUACUACGUCGGCAAAAUCUACCAAAGAGCCAGCAUCAAAACAUCAUAUAGAGCAAAGAAUUGACAACAAUCAAGAACCAUCAAUUCACGCCAUCAUGCAACUGCGAGAGAGCGGGCGCAUCGCUCAGGCGGCCGCGUUGGCUUACCAAUUGGCAGAAUUGGAGGCUUCUUGCGCAGCAUCACCAUGGAAGAUCAAAAAGCUUUAUAUUCUUGCUGGACACCUGUAUCAAAAUUCCGCUGAGAGCGGGCGGUCGGGCGAGGCGUGGCGGCGGGCGCGGGCACAGCAGUGGGCGGCGGGGGCGGCGCGUGCGGCGCGGGGCGGGGCGCGGCCCGACGCGGCGCUGCGGGCGGCUGCGCGUCUCCGCGCCGCUAUACCGCUGCUACAUCCAACCCAACAUAAACAAGCUUUGUGUACAAUAGCAGCAAUUUCUCUUCAAGUGAGAUCAUUCGAUCUCUGCUCAAAGGCGUUAAUAAAGCUGGAAGCUUUGGACGCGGAUACUUUCGAGAAUAUCGCUAUCGAGAUAUUUACAAGAUGUAAACCGAAAGAUGCAAAAGGGAACAUUGUUGAAUGUCCUCAAUGUCAAUCUGGCAUACCUGAAUGGGCUACAGAUUGUGAAGGUUGUGGAGCAGAAUUCCCAGGAUGUGUAGUGUCAGGAAGACCUUUACUUACACCACAUUCCAUGUGGACCUGCUCUAGGUGUGACUCCCAUGCACAGCAUCACGAACUUGUUUUACGACACUCAUGCCCACUGUGUCACUCACCACUUACGUAAAAACAUCUAAAAAUUGGCUUGUUGUAAAAAAAUGCAAAAAUCAUACAGUACUUACA